AAAGUCCAUGCGUGUGUCCAGGUGUCUUUGAUCAGCCAGUGUUCACCGGACAGACAGACACCAUGAGACUGCUCGCUCUGAUACUGCUGGUUGGAGCUGCUGUGGCAGUGCCCCGUGAGGAUGGUAGGAUCAUCGGUGGCCAGGAGUGUGAACCUCACUCCCGACCCUGGAUGGCCUCCCUCAACUACGGGUACCACUUCUGCGGAGCCGUGCUCAUCAACGAGCAGUGGGUGAUCUCUGUCGCUCACUGCUGGUACAACCCCUACGCUAUGCAGAUCAUGCUUGGAGAGCACAACCUGCGUGUGUUUGAGGGAACUGAGCAGCUCAUGAAGACUCAAAACAUAAUCUGGCAUCCCAGCUAUGACUACCAGACGCUGGACUAUGACAUGAUGCUGAUCAAGCUGUUCCACCCUGUAGAGAUCACUGAUUAUGUGAAGCCCAUCCCGUUGCCCACAGGCUGCCCAUACGCAGGCCUCCCCUGCUCCGUCUCUGGCUGGGGCAACAUCGCCACUGGCGAGGAGGUAAACAUGCCCGCCCGUCUGCAGUGUCUGGAUGUGCCCAUACUGGAGGAGGAGAAGUGUGAGAUGGCCUACCCUGGCAUGCUCACCCGCAGGAUGGUGUGUGCCGGAUACAUGGACGGAGGCAGAGACGUAUGCAACGGGGACUCUGGCAGUGGUCUAGUGUGUUUGGGUGAAUUCCAUGGCCUGGUGUCCUGGGGUCGGGGCUGUGCCGAGGCCGGAUACCCCGGAGUAUACGUCAAAGUGUGUGAGUUCCUCCCCUGGAUCGAUGAGACCAUGAAGGCCAACAUGUAACACCACUAGCUGCUUUCCUCCCUGUCUCUCAGACCUCCACUCCUCCAAACUCUUCCUCUCUCUCUCUCUCUCUCUCAUUCUCCUCCUAGUUCAAUACUAAAGUGUAUCCAGCACAGAGUGUAAGCAUGUCAAACACAAUAAAGCCUGAAGUUACACUA